AUGACCCGGUGCACGUGCGCGUCCGACGACGCCCUCGAGUGGGUGCGUCGGUCGUUCGGAGAGUGCGUCACCAACACUAAGGAGCUCGUCGGGUUUUACCUCGCGCUGCUCACGAUCGCGUGCUGGAUGUGCGCGCAGGUUCCACAGUUGGUGAAGAAUUACAAGCUGAAGUCCGCGCGCGGCUUGUCGCCCUGGUUCCUAACCCAGUGGCUCGCCGGAGACUCGUUCAACCUGAUCGGAUGUCUCGCCACCGGAGAUCAAAAGCGGACGCAGACGUACACGGCGGUGUACUUCGUCCUGAGCGACGUCGCGCUGCUGUUGCAGUACGCGCACUACGAGGCGCCGAACGGCGCGGGAAGAAGACGAACGACUCGUGCGUCGACGCGGGCAAACGGAGAGGAGGGUUCGAUCACGGAAGAGUUGAUGGAGAAUUAUAACGGUAGCGUCGAGGGUGAGAGCGAGUCGGAGAGCGACGCGGAGAUCGGCGGACGCGCGCGAGAGCGUGGCGGACUUUCACCCGUGGGCGGUUUCGUCCUCGCGAGCGCGCUCGCGCGCUCGACCUCGGGGCUAGCGGAUAUCAUGGAUCCGAACGAUUGCGAGUUCAACGCCAAUCCGGAGUGGUUGCAGAGAUUCGGAAGGGGGAUCGGGUACUUGGCGACGAUUUUUUACUUGGGCGGAAGGCUCUCGCAACUCGCAAAGAAUAGACGACGACAAACAGUCGAAGGACUUAGUAUGUACAUGUUCAUGCUCGCCGUCGCAGCGAAUCUGUCUUACGGUAUGUCCGUGUUGUUCGCCAGCAAAAAGAGCGAUGACACUAUGCGAGCUUUGCCGUGGCUAUUAGGUAGCUUGGGGACAGUCGUGUUGGAUGUGUCCAUCUUGGUUCAGAGCAUCGUUUACAAAAGGCGCUCGGCGCGUCGACGUUCGUCGUGA